GAAAACGCAAACCUGGUCAUCGUGCAAGACCCCGGCCACGGAGUGAUCAGCAGCAAACACACCGCGUCUGAAAUCUAUCACAUUGCCUUCACUCUCAACAGUCUGGCCGAUUUAGUGAAGAGCUACGAGCAAAAAACGGCCAAGGGCAUUGAGCCGCAUUGGCCAGUCAAUCAUGGGAUGAGCACGAGCAUGUACUAUUUUGAUCCUGAUGGCAACGAGAUUAAACUUCAGGUUGACAACUUCGCCACGGCCGAGGAAGCUCAUCAGUUCAUGGUAACGUCUGAAUACGCCCAGAACCCAAUUGGUGUGGAAAUUCAUAUAGAAGAGUUUACUUGGAGGGUAAAGAGUGGAGAAGAUGAGGCGAGCAUCAAGAAGCGGCCAGUUAUUGGACAAGGGCAAUCCAGAUGGGAGAACUCGAUCUACUUCAAAGCUCCGGAGUUGGUACAGAACUGGAUAGUUCCUAGCAAUAUAGUCGUUACAGCAAGUCGCUUGGGUCUAGAGGAUGACAAGUCACCGUCCUGUCUAGCUUUAAGAUGCAGCUGUAAGCCGUAA